AUGAGAUACAUUGAACUAUCAUUAUUACUUGGCAUAUCUCUCUUUAAUAUGCCUGUAACAGAUGCCAAAAUCUUUACAAGAUGCGAAUUAGCAAAAGAAUUAUUUAAUAGUGGAAUACCCAAGACAUUCAUUUCAAAUUGGGUUUGCUUAAUAGAGUCUGAAUCAGGUGCUGACACAUCAAAAGUCUCUGAACUUCCAAAUUUAAGCACAAGUUAUGGAAUUUUUCAAAUUAAUUCAAAGGAAUGGUGUCGGAAGUCUCGAAAGGGCGGGGAGUGUGGAAUGAGAUGUGAAGAUUUCCUAACAGAAGACAUCAAAGAUGAUAUCAAGUGUGCUAAAGUAAUUUAUAAUCGACAUGGUUUUAAAAUUUGGAAAGGAUGGAUGUCACGAUGCAAAUCUCGUCCAUUACCUGAUGUGUCAAAAUGUUUUGGCAAGCGCAAGAAGUAAAACCUACAUACAGCAUGACUUCUUCUCACUUCAGUAGACACGUACAUACACACACACUUAUUGUUCGUUUGCGGAAUAUUUCUUUACUUCUUUUUAAUUUUAUUAUUUUUCCUUACAAAUUUGAGAAACAAGUGACGAUUUUAUUUUUUGUUGAUACUUUAUACUGUAUGGGCUUACAUUUUUUUGUGGGUGUUUUAUAUAAUAUUAAUGAAUGUUAAGAAUAAGCGGC